GCCCGACCCCGCGCCAUGCAGCAGCCCCUGAAUUACCCCCCGUACCCCCACAUCUACUGGGUGGACGGCAGCGCCAGCUCCCCCUGGGCGCCUCCGGGCUCCGUCCUCCCGUGUCCGUCCUCUGUGCCCGGGAGGCCUGGGCCGAGGAGGCCGCCGCCGCCCCCGCCUCCGCCGCCACCACCGCCGCCCCUGCCUCCGGUGCCCCUGCCGCCUCUGAAGACGCGGAGGGACCACAACACAGGCCUGUGUCUCCUUGUGAUGUUUUUCAUGGUGCUGGUGGCCCUGGUCGGCCUGGGGCUGGGGCUGUUUCAGCUCUUCCACCUGCAGAAGGAGCUGGCGGAGCUCAGAGAGUCCACCAGCAAAAGUCAUACAGCAUCGUCUUUGGAGAAGCAAAUAGGUCAACCCCAUCUGCCCUCUGAAAAAAGGGAGCUGAGAAAAGUGGCCCAUCUAACAGGCAAGCCCAACUCAAGAUCCAUCCCUCUGGAAUGGGAAGACACAUAUGGAAUUGCCCUUGUCUCUGGGGUGAAGUAUAAGAAGGGUGGCCUUGUGAUCAAUGACACUGGGCUCUACUUUGUGUAUUCCAAAGUGUACUUCAGGGGUCAGUCCUGCAACAACCGGCCCCUGAAUCACAAGGUCUAUUUGAGGAACUCUAAGUAUCCCCAGGAUCUAGUGCUGAUGGAGGGGAAGUUAAUGAACUACUGCACUACUGGCCAGAUGUGGGCCCGCAGCAGCUACCUGGGGGCAGUAUUCAAUCUCACCAGUUCUGACCAUUUAUAUGUUAAUGUGUCUGAACUGUCUCUGGUCAGUUUUGAGGAAUCUAAGACCUUUUUUGGCUUAUAUAAGCUCUAAGAAAAGCACUUUGGGAUUCUCUCCACAUGGUUCCUUAUUACAGCCCUGAAAAUAUGGUCUUGAAUGAGAGUCUUCUUAAGCCCACUUGAGAUCAAGUGAGAAGAAAUGAGCCAAGAGUAUCUAGAGACCACAGGGUCCAGCAGAUCUACCGUUCCUCAUCUCAUGAGCCAGACGGGAGGGGGAAUACGACUGAAGAACACGAGAUUUGGGGCUGCCGUGUGAAAUGCAGAGGCAGGAAGAAGCAGCCACCAGGGUGUUCUACACUCAUUUUAAGUGUCCACAAGCAUUUUAGCACAUUGACAAGGACACCUGUUAACUCACCUCUUGGAGUGGGUCUACUGUCUACCUCGUGGUGGCUGUCUUUCAGAUAUGGAUGUGACAUGAGUGUACAAGGGAUGGAAAAAGAGGACUAGGCUUGUGUGAUAAGCUAAAGAGACCGAAAGGCCAGUGUCCCAUUGGAAGCACGUUAACUUCUGAAGGCAGAGCCGGAGCCACCAGGUGACGCUAACAGAGAAGCGAGGGGGAUCUUUGGGGAAGUUGCUCCAUUCCUCAC